AUGGAUGACCGAUUUCUCAUUACGACCGCCGGAAAUCUUGUCUGCGAUACCCAGGACUUGCCCCGAAGACGCGCCGUUAAACGACCCAGCCAAAUGUUCAUCACCGAAGACGAAGACCCUCUACUACGAUAUGAAGAGUUACCUGAAGUUAUUCGUAUGCUACGAAUGAAGGAUAGAAAGCAAGUUCUUGCUUUCCUUUUCUCUGCUGAUUUACAAACAACUAGCUUCCGCUGUUGGGUAGUAGCAUUUAUUAUAGCAAUCUUACUAACGCUACUUCCAAAUGCUUAUCUUCGAUUUUGGCUGGAUGCCAACGGCAAUAAACCAACCUACUACAGCUCUCUAGUAGGGCUCUAUGUCUCCAGUAUAGUUGUGUUCUAUUUCAUGUUAAGGCAUUUCUUUCUAAAUCUUAUAUCCAAUACAAAUAGCCGCUUGUACGACAGCACGUUCUCGGCUAUUGUUUAG